UUAAAAAAUAAUUUUAAAUGGGGUGGUGGUGAGGGGCCCACUUUCUCAUUCUCUCUCUCUCUCUCUCUCUCUUCGAUCUUCUGUUUCUUUAAUUCAACUGAGAAAUCGGAAAUCUAAAGCAGCCAAGAUUCUCUCCUCUUCUUCCAAUUUUUUUUUUUUAAUUUUAAAAUUAUUUUUGCAGUGAAAAAAAAAACGAUAAGAAUGAAAUUGUUGUUGUUGUUGGUGUCGGUGUCGGUGUCGGUGUUGGUUAAUGUCGUUCCGGCAGCAGUUGGCUUUAAGGUUUCACAGGAGACGGUCUCCUCCUUCUCCACCGCUUCCAACUUGCUACUCCGCCGCUCCUCCGCUUCCUCCACGUGACGCUUCUUCCUCUUCUUCCGCCCUCAUGUCUCCCGAAAUUUCGAUGCUCAUCCGCCGAGCUGCUGUCAUUUUCACGCUCCUCACACUUUCCGCUUUGCUUCUUUACACUGCUACCGAUUCCCUCCGUUCGUCGUCCGUUUCCCUUUCUUCUUCCUCUUUCGCUCGGAUUUUCCCUUCUUCUUCUCCGAAGAAUCCCACGCAACAGCUUGAACAAGUUUUGGAGCAUGCUUCCAUGGUGAACAAGACUGUUAUUUUAACGACUUUAAAUGAUGCCUGGGCGAGUCCCAAUUCAGUUGUUGACCUUUUCCUUAAAAGCUUUAAGCUUGGAGAUGGCACACAUAGGCUUUUGGACCAUUUGGUGAUCAUUGCCUUGGAUCAAAAGGCAUAUAAUCGUUGUCGAAUUGUACAUAAGCAUUGCUUUGCUCUUGUCACUGAGGACGUUGAUUUUCAUCAAGAAGCAUACUUUAUGACCCCACACUACCUGAAGAUGAUGUGGAGAAGGAUUGAUUUCCUACGAUCUGUCCUCCAGUUGGGUUAUAGUUUUGUCUUCACGGAUGCUGAUAUCAUGUGGUUUAGGGAUCCAUUUCCACGUUUCUUUCCAGAUGCUGAUUUCCAGAUUGCAUGUGACAAUUUUUUGGGCAGACCUGAUGAUUUGAAUAACAGACCCAAUGGGGGAUUUAACUAUGUAAAGUCUAAUAAUCGGUCCAUAGCAUUCUACAAAUUCUGGUAUUCUUCACGUGAAACUUAUCCAGGAUAUCACGAUCAGGAUGUUCUCAAUAUGAUCAAGUUUCAUCCUUUCAUCUCAGAUAUUGGACUGAAAAUUAGAUUUUUGGAUACUGCUUAUUUCGGUGGUCUUUGUGAACCUAGCAAAGAUAUGAAUGUAGUAUGCACAAUGCAUGUAAAUUGCUGUUAUGGUAUGGAUAGCAAGCUUCAUGAUCUUAAAAUUAUGCUUCAAGACUGGAGAGCUUUCAUGUCGUUGCCACCGGAUCUGAAGAAUGAAUCUAUUAUCUCCUGGAGGGUCCCUCAGAAUUGCAGGUACUCUUGCUGUCUAAAUCUGGAAUAUUUGUUUUUGUCUUUCUAUCAUACUAUGCAUUGUAAGUUAAUAUGAUCUGGAACUUUUUCCUCAAAAUGGUUUCUCAGUUCUUUCAACUGUAUUACAGUCUCAGUUCUUUACGCCAUUUUGAUUCACCCCCUCCUGAGAUGGAUGUUCACCAAGAGGAAGAAGAUUGAUUGGAAAUGU